AGCCGUUUCGGCUCAGGCAUUGUCCCCGAUGCAGCCGCGUACCAUAUUUUCAUCAGCCAUGCCUGCCGCAGCCCGUGCCCUUGGUGUCCUUCUCGCGGCGGCACCCGCCGCCUCCUUUCAUCUCCAGCUGGCGAGGGACGACUGCCACACCGCCGAGAAGGGCGAGAGGUGUUACGAGGAUCGGGAGCGGUGGUGUGGGCGAUGUGGCGGGGAGUCCUGCACCAGCCCGAGCGAUACCCCGGCCUGUCUGGCCUGUCCAGCUUCGAGCAGUUCCAGGCGGCCCUGCACAGCGACCCGCGUGCGGGGUGCGCCCGGCCCUGCCCCUCGCGAGGGCCCACCGCGACCCCCGCGCCUCGCCGGGGGCGGCCGGCGGCGCUGGCGGACGGGCAGUGCGGCGCGCCCCUGGGGGCCGACGCCUGCUACGCGAAGGUCCACGCCGCCAUCCGCUACGACGUCGCGCGGCACCCCGAGCUCUACCCGGCGCUGGCGGAGGGCUCCGGCCUCGCAGAGCUGCGCGAGGCCCUGCGCGGAUGGGGCGAGCUCGCCGAGCCGUGCCGCAGGCCGUGCGGCGCAGCGCGGGAGCCGCGGGGCGAGCCGGAGCGGAUGCCCGCGGCCAUGCAGCUGGCAAAGAGGGACUGCCACACCACCAUCGAGGGCGAGCCUUGCCACCGGGAGGUGAGGUGGGCGAUGUGGGCGAUGCGGGCAGGCAUCCUGGAGCGUCCCGAGUGGUACCCGAACCUGUCCAUCGACUCCAGCUUCGAGGACUUCCAGUCCUUCCUGCAUGGCUUGAGUGCGCUCUCGCACGUCUGCCCCGCACCCUGCAAGGCGCAGGCGGCUGCGGCACAGACUUGUCACACCGCCGAGCCGGGAGAGAGUUGCCACACGGAGGUGACCUGGGCCAUGACGCAAGGCAUCCGGGAGCGCCCUCGGUGGUACCCGAACCUGACGCAGGACUCCAGCUUCGAGGACUUCCAGGCGUUCUUGCACGGGCUGGACUUGUGGUCCCAGACGUGUCCCAGGCCGUGCGAUGCGCCAGAGAGGGUGCAGCAGGUCUGCCACACCGCCGUCGAGGGCGAGGCCUGCCACCAGCAGGUCAGGUGGGCGAUGCAGCACGGCAUCCGGGAGAGUCCCACGAGGUAUCCGAGCUUGACGGCCGACUCCAGCUUCGAGGAUUUCCAGGCGCUUCUGCACGGCAUGGACGCGUGGUCCAAGAUAUGCCCCAAGCCGUGCGAGGCGCCGAAGCGGGCCCAACCUUUGACCCCCGCCGAGGCACAGCCAGUCCCACUUGGCGAGGUUGUAAUCACUCACGUCGACGAGUACCUCUACGCCACGCAGCAAGAUGAUUCAUUCGGCGGGCGUUUUGUGCACACGUGGAUGAAGGGGUCGCUGCAGGAGGACCCGCAGGCGCGCUGGAACAUCUCGAAGGUAGGUGAGAACUACGUGAUUAUCCACGCUGGCUCCUUCAAGGGCGAGUACCUCUACGCCUCACAGCACGGCGAUUCACGCGACGGGCAUUUUGCGCGCACGUGGACGAAGGGUUCGUUGCAGGACGAUCCGCAGGCGCGAUGGAACAUCUCGAAGGUCGGCAGAAACUACGUCAUUACUCCUGCCAGCUCCCUCAAGAACGAGUACCUCUACGCCGCGCAGCGCGAUGACUCACACGGCCUGCGUUACGUGCACGCGCUGAUGACGGGCGUUCUGCCAGCGGACGACCCGCGAGCACUUUGGACGAUCACGCCGCUCGCGCCGGAGGGCACUCAGCAGGCCUGCCGCACGGCCGCCGAGGGCGAGGCCUGCCACCGGCAGGUGCGGUGGGCGAUGCAGCACGGCAUCCUCGAGCACCCCGGCUGGUACCCGGGCCUGACGGCCAACUCCAGCCUCGAGGAGUUCCAGGCGUUCCUGCACGGCACGGACGCGUGGCGGGGGACCUGCUCCAGGCCGUGCGUGCCGCAGGGGGCCUCUGCGCCCCAGCGCCGCCUGCCCUCGUACCGCGCGCCCCCGCCCGAGGCGCAGGGAGCGGCCUCGGCGUCCCAGGGCCAGGCGCCCGAGCGGCGCAGCCUGCCCUCGUACCGCACGCGCGCGCCCGAGGCGCAGGGGCCGGCCUCGAGGUCCGAGGGCCAGGCACCCGUGCAGGGAUGCCGCACCGCGGCGGCCGGCGACGCCUGCCACGAGGAGGUGCUGUGGAUGAAGAGGGAGGGCAUCCUGCUGCACCCCGCGUGGUUUCCAGGCCUGGCCAACGACUCGAGCUUCGAGGACGUCCAGGCCUUCCUCAACGAGAUGUAUCCCAUAGUCCAGCUCUGCCCUGACAGGCCAUGCCGGGCCGCGGACGCCGCCGCCGAGGCCACGGAGGUGGCCGCGGUGGUGAAGGACGCUGCGGUCGAGGCUGCGGAGGCAACGGCCAGGGCCUCGGAGGUCGCGGCUGAGGCAGGGACCACGGCCUCCGAGGUGGCGGCCGAGGCUGCGGGGGGCCUGCCUCCGGGGCGCCGCCCCCCCGCUGCUGCAGGAGCCUCGGCCAGCACCCUGGAGGGCGACAGGGAGGACCUGGCCGGCAGGGCCACGUCGCCGUUCCUGGCGCAGCCGCUGGCCGCCACGCCCGCAGCGGGCGGGGAGGAGCAGCAGGAGGAGAGGAGAGAGGCGUCGGAGGCCCUGGUGGAUGCAGCACCGACGCGAGGGACCUCCUCGUUGGAGGCACCGCCGCCCCCGAACUCCAGCGGCUGCUUCGUCUGGUUGCCCAGCGGCUGCCGGGGGCAGCGCUUCCCCGCGGCGGUGCCCUGGAAGAGGGACGAGUGGGGCCAGGCCAACAGGCACUCUGGAGACAGCAGGGCCGCCUGCGAGGCCAGGAAAAGGGACUUCGAUGCCUGGUGCUCGGUGGACGACGCCGUGAUGCUGCACGUGCCCGGCCUGCCCGUAGUGGGCCCUGGAGAGGCAGCGCUCCCGCAGGGCGGCGCCCCGCCCCUGCCGCGGGGCGCGCCCGCGGGCGCGGGGGCCGCGGGCCCGCCCGCGGGCGCGCCGCCCCCGCCGGCCCGCGAGGGGUGCCACGUCUGGCUGCCGAGCGGGUGUCGCAGGCACCGCCUGCCCGCGGAGUGGCGGUGGACGCGGGACGAGGCCGGGGAGGCCCUGGUGCCCCCCGCGGGGCAGAGCGAGGCGGCGUGCCUGGCCCGCAAGGGCUUCUACGACCGACUGUGCGCGGUGGCCGACGCGGUGAUGCUGCGCGUCCCCGGGGCCGCGCGGGAGGGGUCGCGCCCAGUGGAGGCAGGGGCAUCGACGAUGGAAAUGGGCGGACCGUGGAGAGCGUGACGGGACCGGCCCCCGGGUCAGCCGAAUCUGCAGCCGCGUGGCGUGGCCGCGGUCGGCCAGCCCCUGCACAUCGACCUCAGAUACGGGCGUACGUGGUGUGCCCCGUCGCCCCUCCGCUGUGACUGGACAUUCCUAACAUCGGGGAUCACAGAAGCGUGCCGGCCGUGCUGCCCGUUGAGUUUUCUGCUGCGGCAGGUGUGAUACUCUAUUGCUUCAGGCAGCUUCUUUGACUUGCGAUGGAUUGCAUGCAGGUUAGUGGUAGGACGAAUGGGUAACGGACCGUGUCCCCGCACAUUAGAAAAAUGCU